GAGAGUUGUUCUUGUCUUCUUGAUCACGUAACGUUGGAAAACUUGAAGCUUCGUGUGGAAGAAAGAAUUUUAUAGGUUUUAGGGACUUUCAAAUCGAAUAAAAAUGAGCUUUAUAAAACUGGAGCCAGUGGACAGCUUCAGUUCUCCAGAUCGAAAGCGUGGAUCUGAUCAAUUCUUAGAGUUGGAUUCUGAGUUUGCUGAGAAGCGGCAGAAAAAGUUUAAUGAUGCGCCUCCAUCAAAGGUCCUCCACAUUCGGAAUUUACCAGACUCAGCAAGUGAAGGAGAUGUUAUUGCACUUGGUGUACGAUUUGGCAGGAUUGUCAACAUCUUAAAAAUAACAAAAGGAAAAGGAAGGCCACAGGCAUUUCUUGAGAUGGAAGAUAUAAGCAAAGCUGAGGAGAUGGUGAAGUAUUAUGAAUAUUCACCUGCAAAAAUAAAUGGUACAAAUGUUUAUGUACAGUUCUCUUCACACAAGGAGCUAAAAAUAGAGAAACAAUCUCCAACAAUUGCAAACCUAUUAACUGCUGCAGCUUUGGCCACAUCUGGAGGCCUGGGACUGCCAUCAUCUGGGGACAGCUCAAACAGUUUUGGGAAUGCAUUAAAUAAUGGAGAUGGUUUACUGCCAAACCCUUCGGCACCAAAUAACUCUCAUGAGGGCCCAAGUAACAGUAACGUGUUGAGAGUGGUUGUGGAUAACAUGCUGUAUCCUGUAUCUAUUGAUGCCCUGAAUCUUAUAUUUUCUAAGUAUGGAGCAGUAAUCAAAAUUGUUAUUUGUACCAAGACAAAUCAGUUUCAAGUAUUUGUUCAGUAUGCAGACAAUGUACCUGCAAAAGCUGCCAGAUCGGCUUUAGACGGGCAGAAUAUUUACAAUGGGUGCUGCACAAUGAAAAUAGGAUUUUCAAAAUACAACAAUUUAAAUGUGAAAUACAACAACGAUAAAACCAGGGAUUUCUCUCGACCAGAUCUACCGUCAGGUGAAGGACAACCAUCAUUUGAUCCAAAUCUUGGUCUCUCUGCUAUAGGUGCAGUUUUGAGCAACCCGUUUCUUGCUGCGAGUGCCGCCGCUGCCACAGUUCCUAAUCUUGGUCUUUUGGGUGCGGGAAAUAUGCUGCAAGGCAUAGGAACGUCCAACUCUGGUAUGCAAGGCCCAGGCCCUGGGCCAGGUGAUGACAGACGCAGCAGAGGCCGAGAUUAUGAUGACAGAGCUGGAAAAACAGUUUUACUUGUCAGUGAAUUGAAUGCUGAGAGGAUCAAAUGUGACGACCUUUUCACAUUGUUUGGUGCUUAUGGUGACGUUAUGCGUGUUAAGAUUCUCUUCCACAAACCUAACACAGCUCUUAUACAAUUCGCGGACCCUCAACAUGCUCAAACAGCUCGUGAAAAUCUGAACGAAAUUCGUUUCCAAGGAAAUAAAAUAAGAGUCAGCACGUCAAAACAUGACGGCAUUAGCAUGCCAAAGAAAGACGGGGAAGGUGAACAUCUGACAAAGGAUUACUCGAGAUCGCCGGCUCAUCGAUUUAAACAAUAUGGGUCGAAGAAUUAUCAAAAUAUUUUUCCGCCUGCCAGAGUGCUUCACUUAUCAAAUAUUCCUGGGAAUGUAACAGAAGAAGACAUAAGAUCGCUUUUUUCAUCUAAAACUGAAGGAAAGCUCACCCACUUUGAGUUCUUCACAAAAGAAAUUGCACGAGGCAAGAAAAUGGCACUGGUGGAGAUGGGGUCUGUGGAGGAAGCAGUUCAAGCAUUAGUGGAUCUUCAUGAUUACCCUAUUGGUGACGACAGUCAUCUUCGUAUCUCUUUCUCGAAGAAGACAAUCCGACCAUAACUCCAACAAGAAUUUCCAGCGUUGUUGCUGACAACAUAGCAAACUUAAUAGUAGGCAGUUUUUACAAACUGUGCUGUAAAUAAUUGUAUCUUUCGUAUUUUAUCAAAAAAGUAAGUUUUAUAACGGUA